CGACUGGUGUGUAGCAGAUUACAAAAGACAAGAGAGAAUUGAUUCUGGCGAACGAAUAUUUGAAAUAUCGAUCGAUUAUGAAGAACAUCAGUACGUUAGUGGUCACGUGGUCGACGGUAGAAAUUUGUUUCCAGCGACAGGAUAUUUAUGUUUAGUUUGGGAAACUUUCGGCAUGAUGAUAGGACAAUUGUACACGGAAGUAUCUGUUGUCAUUGAAAAUGUAAAGUUUAAUCGAGCUACCACGAUUCCGAAAGAAGGCAAAAUUGAAAUGAUAGUCAUGAUUCAGAAAGGCAGUGGUAAUUUCGAAGUGGUCGAAGGAGGUCUUGCUAUUGUUACUGGAUUGAUUCGUGCUGCAACAAACUUGUCGAAGCAGAAAAUACCUCUUGAUCUGAUCAAAGCGAAUAUUGGCAAUGAGAAGGAAGAAUUAGAUGCAAAAGAUAUCUAUAAAGAGUUGAAGCUACGUGGUUACCAAUAUAGCGGCCUCUUUCGAAGUUUACACAGUGCCUCAGUUUCGGGUAAAAAAGGACAUGUCCAGUGGAAAAACAAUUGGGUAGCAUUUAUGGAUAACUUAUUGCAGAUGAAAAUACUCGCUUUAGAUACCCGAGGUUUAUUCGUACCGACUGGAAUUCGGAAAUUGAUAAUAGAUACUAAAGCUCAUCAACGAUAUCUGCAAAGUUUGACGACCAAUAAAAAAUAUGUACCUGUACAAUUACUUGAGCAUAUUGAUGUGAUUGUAACAGAGGGUGUGGAAAUUCAUAAUAUUAGGGCCAGUGAGAUUGCUCGGAAGAAACCUGUCAGUGAUCCAAUUAUCGAAGAACAUAAAUUUAUUGCUUAUCGUGACAAAAGGGAAAUGUCAUUACGCGAAAUAUUAACGUUAUCUAUGCAUAUUACGCUUGAGAAUAUACUAAUGACGAAAGUGAAAACAAUAGAACUCGUUGAGGAUAAUGACAAUAUAUCUGCAGAGAAACUUGUUUCUCCAUUGUUUAGAGACAUUCUAGCCAAUUUACCUUCGAUUCAAGCAAGCAUUAAUUUACUUGCACCACCAAAGAAAUUUGGCGAAGAAGACGUUCUUAAAAAUGUUGAAAUUUUAGAAUCGACAAAAUAA